UUGCUUCCCUUUGUGUCUUGGCUAUUUAAUCCACGGCGUCCGGCCCCAGUCACUUCUCUGCAUCCUCGACAAAACACUCCUUGCAAGUAACAGCAUCACACGACAGAGCGUCAUACUCUACUAGUCGACCAGCCAGUCCUCUCUCUCCAACCUCGCUUUCAGUCUCGCUUUCACCCUCCGACUUGCCCAUCAUGCCCAAGAAGCUCCGCUGCAACGCCAAGGACUGCCGAGAGCCUGCUCAGCGCAUCGUUGGCGACUGUACCUUUUGCAGCGGCCACUUCUGUGGCAAGCACCGUCUGUUGGAGGACCACAAGUGCAGCGGUCUAGAAGACUGCAAGAAGCAGUCUCACGCACGUAAUGCCGCUCAGCUUGAGGCUGAGCGGACGCAAGUCAUCCGGGGCGUCUAAAUCGACAUCCUUGCAAACACCCCCGAAUAGCCAUCAUCCAACACAACCCGACCGUUUAAUUACCGCACCGUCUACUUUACUACCAUUCUCCUUCACAUCAUGAGUUGCUGCCCGCCG